UCAUUCGCUCAAUCAGCUGUUUUUUGUCAAAACAAAACCGAAAAAAUAUUUUUAUAUUUAAUUUAAUUUCAUGAAGACUUUGUUAUGAAUGCAAUCGUUGGAUUGUGCCAUUUUUGUGAAGCUCACGGGCCACGGCCGGUAUUCUGUACAUUUACGACAGACGACGAGGGGCACACAACAGAGUCUGCUAAUUCUACGCCUCAGUGCACUGGUUGUAGAUCAUUAGGUCCGGAGACUGUGCUGGUCACUAGGGAUGAAGAUGGAACUAUCUACUGCAGCAGGGAGUCUGUGCCCAACGCUGAGGUGACGGCCUUUUUGCGACAAGCCGCUGUGAGGAGUAUAACUUGUGAAGUAAGUUGGAGUAAGGAGGGCGGCGUGGUGUACUUCAGUGACGCCCGCGGCCACGUGCUGAGCUUCACGUUCCAGCUCAAAGACACGCGUGCCCGCGGCCUCAAGCGAUGGUUCUCCAUAGUUGUUCUCAUGAAGGAUAAGAUGCUUCUGCUGAAUAUUACUCCGCUACUGUCGGAGAAUAUGCAAAAAAUUGCGAAGGAAUUACAAGAGUAUGCAGCGACGGUAUAUGAUGAGGAGCAGAAGGUGUGCUCCCAGAGAGCUCUAAGACUCAACACCGGAUGUAACUACUUUGGACAGAGCAGAUCUUUGAAGAAUUUAACAGGGCAAGAUGAUAUAUUCAACAAAAUCCAUGCUAAAUUCACAUGGAUGCUUAAAACUGGUGCCCUGAAUUACACAGAAACCCUUUACACUAGUCAAGACCUACUCAAUAAGAUUGUGCCUAAUGGUACAAAAGGAAUCUCAAUAUACUCACCCAAUGCUUGUUCUGUGCCAACUGAAGAAGAAUGUAUGCCAUUGAGGGUGUUAGAAAGUUUACUAACCAAAUCAGUGUUUAGGAUAGUCUUAUAUUGUGCACUGAGUGGAUUGAAUAUAGUUAUAAAAUCAAAUGAGACACCAGCUAAGGAAAUAGUGAAAUGUCUCUCAAGAUUGCUGCCAGUACUGGACAGUGAGUGUCUCCCCAAUAUAGGGGUAGCCAAUGAGGAACAAGUUGUGCCCUCGGCUAGCAAGUGUGUCUUAGAAGAGACUCAGGAGAGACAGUUCUUGUGUAGAUGGCCUGGAGUUGUGCCUAAUAAGUGUCCAACACUAAUGAAUAGGAUUGAAAGUGCCAUGAGCAACAAUAAGUUCAAUGAUGAUGUUUUGCAUCAGCAUGUCAAGUCUUUACAACUGGAAUGGUUAGGAAUAGCGAGAGCUAUAAAGUCUGCAGUAGAUGCUUCAGGAGCUAAAUCGGAGCCAGUAACGAAACUGAAACAAGUGUUCGGCGUGACUCCAAAUGAUGAGCUUUUAGUUAACUAUUGGAUUAGUGCCUUCUGUUCCUAGUACUUUGUGAUAUGUACAUAAUAAAAUAAUUUAUUUAUAUA